CCAUCUCCUCUCUUCACACACCAAAAACUCCAUCAAAAUUCCACUAUCUUUUUUCUGUUUCACCUACCUUUCUGCUCAAGAAGAAAAAACCCUAACUUUCUGCCCAAGUUAACUCCAAAAUGCAGCCGCAAACCGAUGUUUUCAGCCUGCAGAACUACCUAAACUCCUCGAUCCCAUCUCCAUAUCCUUCCCAUUUCCAGAUAUCAUCUCCAUUUCCAAUCAACGGUCAAAACCCUAACUCCUUCUACGGAUUCCAAAAUGCUACAAACAAUCCACAAUCCAUGGGCCUAAGCAGCAACAACUCGACAUCAGACGAAGCCGAAGAGCAGCAGACGGACAAGAACAUAAUCAACGAGCGGAAGCAAAGAAGGAUGAUAUCAAACAGAGAAUCGGCAAGGAGAUCGCGUAUGAGGAAGCAGCGACACCUUGACGAGCUUUGGUCUCAGGUGAUGUGGUUGAGGAUCGAGAAUCAUCAGUUACUUGAUAAGCUCAACAAUCUCUCUGAAUCUCACGAGAAAGUUCUUCAAGAGAAUGCUCAACUUAAAGAGGAAACAUCUGACCUUAAGCAAGUCAUCAGUGAUAUGCAAAUUCAAAGCCCUUUCUCUUGCUUCAGAGACGAUAUAAUCCCCAUUGAAUAGAGCAUUUUUACCUCAUGUACCGCGGUUCAUAUAUGUAUUAUGUGUGUAUAUCCGGAGAUCUUUUUUGUUUACCAAAAGUUCCGGGUCUUAGUCCUCAUGCCGGGGAUGAGAGAAGGUUAAUUAGUCCAAAGAUUAGUGUUAAUGAAGAACAAAUAUAAGUGGUGUUGGUCAAAUCAUGGGUCUUGUGAUGGGGACAUUGUAAGGUGGUGUGGGUUUUGUUUUUUAUUACAACGAUUUCCAAAUUUCCAACUA